AUCUAGUGUUGCGACCCAAUAGUAAAUUCAUCCAACCUGCACUUCGCACUACUUCCAGAAUGACGACCAUCCUCGAUAUUCCAGGCACCACCCCUCCAAAUCGAUUCUUUCCGCUUAUUCAAGAAGCUAUAAAGUCGAUCGGAUACUCGGCGCUGUUUGAGAACAGGGUGGAAAAGAUUAUCGAUACCAUCGCCGCAAGCUACGAUGCUGAUCAAGCAAAAUGGGAGCUCUGGGACGCCUUCUUCAAUGCUGUCGUAUUUUGUCCUCCGCCAUACGACUCUCAUCUGGCACUUCUGGACGCCAUUCGCGCGCAACCACCUACUAAACCCAGAGUCCUACGGCUAUGCCGUGACACUGAAGAUGACGGGCGACUACACUGGUCAAAGUUACCCGGCUUUGAUAUGUAUCGGUGGGAUACGCAUGAUACUCUCCACGAACAACGUAACUGGGACGGCAUACGCGAUCCAGGCAUCGAAGGCGAUCCAGUUGGUAGCAAGAUGAGCAUUAGUGGCGAUCAACUGUACCUCCGGAUGUGUAUCUUCUCAGCUACUCUGAUGAAGCAUGACCGAAAGACAGGUAUGGGCUACCCUAUGACGGUGUUUUACGCGUGUCGCGAUGGACUCGAACGAGAACACGAUGCACCCCCGCAGCUUGAAUCGAACCUACACAGUAUACCGCUCGAGCAGGUACGGGCGCUGGAUAUUCGGGUCGCGGCGAUAUGGCUGCGCGAUGGAGGCUGGGCACUGUGGAAUCAAGAUCAUAAAGAGCUGCGAAAGCAUUUCGCGGCGGCGUUGGACGAUGACGUAUCAGAACUGUGGCCGAAGGAUGACGGGUUGACACCAGAGCGGUGGGGGUUGUGGGAGAAGAGGCUGUGGGAUCUGAGCAUGGAUGAGAGUAGGUUGGACGAAGAGACUAGGGCCGUGGUUAAGGAGGCGUAUGACGUAGUUGAAGCGAUAUUAGAUUCUGGAGAGUAA